GAGCCAAUUCUUUAUCUAAAUUGCCAGUUGAGCCCGUCACCCCACUGGCAGCCAACCCGGGUCAUUAUUGGACCCAAUCGCGUAGCUGGGGUGGCCCCUUUCCUUCUAGAAACCCUCGCAAAGAUUCUUCGCACUCCAGGGAAACAACGGGGGAGAGCCUGUCAAUGUCAGAAGACGCUCAGAAACCCUUUCCCACAACGGAGAAUAUCCUCGCCCAGAGAAUACUUCACCGUCUGCAGAUCCCAGGGUCCGCAAAACGGAACGAAACACCCCGGUAGCGGCACUCACGCACUUUCCCGCACGACACAGCCGGAAAAACUUCAGGGUCCCAAAACAACGAAGCCUGGCAAUAAGAAAAAGAAAAACACCAAAGCGGAAUACUUGAAGCUGCUACAAGAGGAGGAGGAGAGACGCCAAAAAGAGGAAGAGGAAGCCCGUGUGAAACAUGAAAAAGAAGAAAUGGAAAGGCUUGAAAUGGAACGAAUUGAGAAAGAAAAAUGGCAAAAACUGGAAGUAAAGGAUCUAGAAAGAAAAAGUGAAGAACUUGAGGAACUAUUUUUGUUAGAGAGGUGCUUUCCUGAAGCAGAGAAACUGAAACGAGAUAAUAGACUGCUUUCUCAGUGGAUGCACUACAUUCAGUGUGACGGCAGCCCCGACCCUUCAGAAGCCCAAGAAAUCAAUACUUUCAUUAGCUUGUGGAAAGAGGAGACAAAUGAGACUUUUGAGGAAGUCAUUGCCAAGAGUAAACUAGUGCUGCAGUUAAUUAGUAAGUUGAAACUAAUUUUAUUGGAAACCCCACCCUAUGAUUUGCAAGAUAAAAAUAUAGCACAGUACCGGGGGUCAAUUCUGGAGCUGCAGGAGCUCCUUCACCUGAAGUUUAACACAGCCACAGAAGUACUGCUCCGACAAGCUAGUACUUUGGCAGAUCUGGACACUGGAAAUAUGGAAAAAGUCAUUCAAGAUGAAAACAUUACCCUCUAUGUGUGGGCAAACCUCAAGAAGAACCCAAGGUACAGAAGUAUCAGAUGCAGUGAAAUACAAGCUACAUUUGAAAUUCCAAGGAUAUUAGCAACAAGCGACAUUGCUCUACGUCUCCUGCAUACUCACUAUGAUCACGUCACACCGCUGCACCCUGUUCCAACAUUAUUUCAGCUGCCUGCUUCAGCGGAAUCUGACUCCGUCAAAGACAAAGCUAACAAUGUCCAAGGAGAAAUUAGCAAAGAGUUCCAAGAAGAGCACAAACAAGCAGAACAUGAGCGUAACUCAGUCCAGGAGGAAGUAAUAAAAGUUGAAGAGCAAGGUGAUACUGAAAUACAAAUGGAUUCUGUCCAGGAAGAAUCUGAAGACACAAAGCGUAAACUGGAGAUGAAAUUACUAAGUGAAAUAGUUUCAGCAGCACAGUUGCUGCUGCUAGAGAAUGCUCCUGAAAGGACAUAUUUCUUUGAAGAAAAUGAGGUUGAUAUAUUCCAGUUCACGUCUCUGGGUGGAGUGUAUCACUUGGAUAUUUUGGAGCUUCCCCCACAGUGUAAGCCAGUGAAGGGCUGGAUGAUCAUGGAAAUACUCAAAGAAGGAUUACAGAAAUAUGUAUAUCCUCCAGCAACUACAGAAGACUUGGAAACAGAAAGUGCUUUCCCACCUAUAGACGUCUGUCUUGAGGUUCAUAAGAACGUGAUCUUUUUUGAGAAUCCUAUGAUUGCAAGAUGGGAUGCUGAAGGUAAACAUUGGAAAACUGAUGGCAUCAGUAAUGUAUAUUACAAGUCAGAGGAAGGACUUAUAACAUUCAGCCUGGAGACUUUUGGCCCUGUUGCUUUGAUUCAGGAUACUCAUAUUAACAUGCCGUACCAGUCAUGGGAACUAAGACCACUUGAUGUGAAUCAAGUACUGUUGACUGUGACUACAGUAUUUACUGAGAUUGAAAUACAAAUUAAGGGAGACCUCUGCAUGUUAGCUUCAAUUAAACUAAAUAAACAAAAGCAUUACUCUAUUUUGGAAGGAAAAUGGAUGACUCUUAUUUCUUUCAUUAUUGCUUUGAAAGAAGCUGGACUGAAUAUCUUUCCUACUGCUCACUCUCAUUUUUAUGUUGUUACAAACUAUAAGGUGCCUUUGGUAGAAAUGAAAGCUUAUCGACAAAUGGCUCUGCUAAGUCCUGCUUUUGCAUUUGGUUGGAGCAGGUGGAAUAUGCAGUGUGGUUCUAAAAAUGUUGUAUUUAAGGUGAGUGAACACCUUACUAAUGAAGAGAAACCUAUUCCAGACCCUAAUUGGGCCCUUUUAAUGUUUAAUGGUGACAGAGCACAAAGGCUCAAGAUUGACGAGUAUAGUGAGGUGUUCUCUGAAGCCGUUAAGGAAGACACUGAGUUUCACUCCACUGUCUAUCACAUGGUUAAAGAUUUUGCUUCUGAAGGAGCAAUAGAGAAAAUCAGGAGCUCCACCUGCCAGUUUAUCGAUUCUGUGUGCCAUAUGCUACUCUCGAUUAGAUUACUCAGCUAUUCUUAGUCUCUGUGGAUACAUUUUAUGCAGUAUGAAGAAUCAAGCAACUUGGAGAAAAAUCAGGUAUUUCCUCAAUAAAAUGUAGCAAGUGAAUGUAUUUCAAAUAGGCUGCUAAAAUGAUCUAAUCAGCAAUAACACUCAAAUUUUGUUUUAAAUGUGAGUUUUUUCCCCUAUGAGUA